CUGGAUCACCUGCGGGCCAACCUGCUGCCCUGGGACGAGCAAGUCCUGGAGAUGCUGUCACCCAAACUCACACAGGCCUUGUGGGAAGCAGUGAAGAAGCCCAGCGGGUACCUGAGCAAGAUAUGCAGCUGCCGGCCCGUGAAGGUCUUGUCCUACGUGAUGCUGCCCUGCAUGCUGCCGGUGGAGUCGGUCAUUGCGGCGGCCCAGUGAUGAGUGAGUGCAUGUGUGUUCUUGCGUGUAUAUCUAUGCAUGUUUAUGCAUUUUCAUGCAUGUGUCUCGGUUUCCUCCCGCAGGCUGGUGACGUGGCUUCCAGAUUUCUCGGAUGACAUCCAGUGGCUGAACUGGGCUGUCUCCCAUGUCUGCUCUCAGGUACUCAAGCGUCUGGUUCCAGCAACCAGGUCCCAAGUGCCAGCCGAUGGCCAACAGCCUUCCCAGCACCGACUGGAUCCUGGCCCUGCGGGGCACUCGCGCCCUCUCUACCCUCCAACAGACCCUGAUCCCUACCCUGGGGACUGUCCAGUGGGCUCCAAGGCUGAGGCUGCCCAAUGUGCCAUGCUCCGGGCCAGCCUGACCCUGCUGAGUGGCAGUGUGUCUGUGGGAACCAGGGGAGACUCCUGCAACCCCCUGUGUCCUAUGGAGACUUUUUGAGGCCUUGGGGUGGCUGACACACUUUCUCAAUGAGGGCCUGGGCCCCUCCUUGCGAGACUGUUGUGGCCGUGACGUGCUUGCAGUGGCCCAGCCGAAUGGGCAAUUUUUCUGUGAUCAAAGCACCAGCUGCCGGAGGAAAUGAAAGAUUGAAUUUCUGGGUCUCGGCACAACUGGUCUGGGAGAGGCUCUAAGAUCUCCAGCCCAGCAUCCACUGGCCGGGGUUCCCCCUAACCCUUAGCCCCCCUGUGACUUUGAGGCUCCCAAUAUGGGGAUACUAGUCCAAUCUAGGGGGCUGGAAGAAGUGGGGUCCCCUUUGGGGGCUGAGCUGGGUGGGCAGUCACUAUGGAACAGGUGGACCGACCAGUGCCUUUGGUCUUGUCCUGAUAUUUGAUAGUUUUGUAUGAAAUCUGAGACUCUCCUGAGGAUUUUGCACAGGAUGUGA